AUGACAUUGUCAGUAGACUCUGCUUUGUUUCGCUGGCAGCAUCGGUGGCUAGCAGACAGGCCCUGCCAGACUCCGCUGGAAUCGACGCCUCUGUUGUCAUCUGACAAAGAGAGGCAGAAAGACCUCUUGGACAAAUGGAGGGUUGUAUUUCCCAGUCAUGAGAGAUUUCAAAAGGAGUCAGGGAAAAUCUCUCAAGUUUAUUCAGGAAAUGGUAUACAGACCACAAAGUACACUUUGCUGACCUUUUUACCCCAAAAUCUCUUUGAACAGUUUCACAGGGUGGCCAAUGUCUAUUUCCUGUUCUUGGUGGUCAUCAACUGGUUCCCGCAGUUGGAAGUCUUCCACAGAGAGAUGACAAUGUUACCUUUGGCUGUCGUGCUUUCAAUUAUCACAAUUAAGGAUGGCAUUGAAGAUUAUAAGAGAUACAGAUUUGAUCAGCAGAUCAACUCUUCUAAAACCAAAACAUACAAUAAAAGCAAAAACACCUACACGGAGAAGUGCUGGAAAGAUGUGAGAGUGGGAGACUUUGUGCAGCUGCAGUGUAAUGAGAUAAUCCCUGCUGACAUCCUGCUACUCUACUCCUCUGAUCAGAAUGGGAUCUGUCACUUGGAGACAGCAAAUCUUGAUGGCGAGACCAAUCUUAAACAAAGACAAGUUGUGAGAGGAUUCUCUAAUCAGAACACUGAAUUUGAUCCAGUAUUUUUCCAGAAUAUCAUUGUUUGUGAGAAACCCAACAAUAAUCUCAACAGAUUUAAAGGCUAUAUGGAACAGCCUGACCUCAUACGGAUUGGUUUUAACCAUGAGAGCCUUCUUCUUCGUGGAUGCACAAUGAGGAAUACAGAGGUUGCUGUAGGAAUUGUUAUCUAUGCAGGUCAUGAAACCAAAGCCAUGUUAAAUAACAGAGGUCCUCGUUAUAAACGCAGCAAAAUAGAGCAACGAAUGAAUGUGGAUAUAUUAUUUUGUGUGGGACUACUGUUCAUCAUGUGUCUCAUUGGAGCUGUUGGUCAUGGCACUUGGAGUGGGCAUUUUGUAAAAUAUCCCUUGUAUCUCGUCCCAGAGGUACAUGGCAACUAUCUUGGUCCAGCUCUUGCAGGAUUCUACAUGUUCCUGACAAUGAUAAUCCUCUUACAGAUUUUAAUCCCCAUUUCCGUCUAUGUAUCCAUCGAAUUCGUCAAGCUGGGACAAACCUACUUCAUUCACAAUGAUAUCGACCUUUAUAAUGAAGAGCAAGACUUGUCCAUACAAUGCCGAGCACUAAAUAUCACUGAAGACCUGGGGCAAAUUCGGUACAUAUUCUCUGACAAAACAGGGACACUGACAGAGAAUAAGAUGGUGUUCCGACGGUGUACCAUUAACGGGAAGGAGUUUUCACAUCAGGAAAAUGCCAAGAGAUUGGAGACCUAUAAGGAGCUGGAUUUUGAACAUGAUGACGGGGCAGAAUGUUUGAGUCUCCCUUCAAGUCAGGAUAGAGACACAGUCACGUGGAGAGGCACUAAGCGCCUGAGGAGGUGUCAAAGUGCUCGGGCUCGUUUUCAGGGUCAUGCAAGAAACAGAUCUCUCGGCCAGAUCUCUCAGUCUCAGGUGGCUUUCAGCAGCAAUAUAGAGAAGGACGUGACCCCAGAUAACAGGCUGUUGAUGAAAGUGAGAAAUGCAUCAUGCCAGCUCGAAUCUUUGACAUCGUUUAUGUCUGCAAAGACCACCUCUUCCAUCACUGACUUUUUUCUUGCCCUGACCCUCUGCAACACUGUUAUGGUCUCCACAGCAACUGAACCAAGACAAAGGGUGACUACUCUAUCACUGAUGAAACCAUCAGGAAUCUCCCUGGAUAAAAUUCACCAGCUGUUCCAGCGGCUAAAGCUGGCAAGCUUCAGCCAGUCUUUCUCAUCAGCUCAAUUGAGUUCAGCCUUAGGAGAGAGUUCUAAUACAGAAAGCACGAGAGUCUGUUCUGAUUCUAAAACAAGCGAUUAUUUUCCUACCCAAAGCUGCUCCACUUUAAUAGAUGAUGACGGCUUUCGCAGAGCCUCAAUAACUGAGCAAGAGGCCUCAGGGAUCAGCGGUCCCUCACUGAAUGUUAACCAGGCAGGUUUGCAGCCAGAAUUUUGUUAUGAAGCUGAGAGUCCAGAUGAAGCUGCCCUUGUCCAUGCAGCCUGCGCUUACCAGUUCACAUUAGUAGCCAGGACUUCUGAGCAAGUGACUGUGAGGCUUCCUGAUGGUUCCCUUUUGACCUUUGAGCUCUUAUUCACUUUGGGAUUUGACUCCAACCGAAAACGAAUGUCUGUGGUGGUAAGGCAUCCCCUUACCAAUGAGAUAAUCGUCUACACCAAAGGGGCUGACUCUGUCAUUAUGGACUUAUUGGAAGACCCUGCCAGAGCUAGUAUGACUAUGGAAAAGAGGACCAGAAAAAUAAGAGCUCAAACACAGAGACAUCUAGAUUUGUAUGCACGAGAUGGCCUGAGAACCCUGUGCAUAGCUAAGAAGGUCUUAAGUGAGGAAGACUUUCGGAAAUGGGCUAACUUUCGUCGUGAGGCAGAAACGGCUAUUGACAACAGAGAUGAACUAUUAAUGGAGACAGCGCAACAUCUGGAGACUAAACUCACCUUACUAGGAGCAACUGGCAUUGAAGAUCGGUUGCAAGAUGGAGUGCCUGAUGCCAUUGCUGCUUUCAGAGAGGCUGGAAUCCAGACCUGGGUGCUGACUGGAGAUAAACAGGAAACAGCAGUCAACAUUGCUUAUGCUUGUAAGCUUUUAGACCAAAGAGAGACUGUCUUUACCAUUAAUACUGAAAGUAAGGAAACUUGUGACUCACUGUUGGAUAUCACUUUGGAAGAAGUGAAGAAAGCUCAAGUCACUUCCAGAACCAAGUGGAAUGUGUUUGGCAUGAAGUUGCCAUUUUCUUUGUCACCCCCUGUGACACCAGAUCCUGUUAUUGGUGUGGUGGUUGAUGGGCGAACUCUGAAUACCAUUUUCCAGGGACAACUUGAAGCUAAGUUUCUUGAAUUAACCAAAUACAGCCGGUCAGUUUUGUGCUGCCGGUGUACUCCUCUACAGAAGAGCAUGGUGGUCAAACUUGUACGGAGUCAGAAAGUGAUGACACUGGCAAUAGGUGAUGGUGCAAAUGAUGUAAGCAUGAUUCAGGCAGCUAACAUUGGAAUUGGCAUUUCUGGACAAGAAGGAAUGCAGGCAGUCAUGGCCAGUGAUUUUGCCAUAUCUCAGUUUAAGCACCUCAAGAAGUUGCUUCUAGUCCAUGGCCAUUGGUGCUAUUCUCGCUUGGCAAACAUGGUGAUAUACUUUUUCUAUAAAAAUGUGACUUAUGUCAACUUGCUCUUCUGGUACCAAUUCUUCUGUGCUUUCUCGGGUGCCUCCAUGAUUGACUACUGGCAAAUGAUCUUUUUCAACUUGUUUUUCACUUCUGUGCCACCCAUACUCUGUGGAGUCCUGGAUAAAGACAUUUCUGCAGAAACUCUAUUAAGUUUGCCUGAGAUUUACAAGAGUGGACAAAACUCAGAGAUUUACAAGCCGUUGACAUUUUGGGUGGUGAUUUUGGAGGCCUUUUACCAGAGUCUCAUCUGCUUCUUUGUCCCUUAUCUAGCAUACCACAAUUCUGAUAUUGGUGUUUUCACAUUUGGAAUGACCAUCAAUACAGUCUCCCUCUUUACUAUUCUGCUUCACCAGGCUUUAGAAAUUAAAACUUGGACUCUGUACCAUUGGAUCAUAAUGAUUGGGAGCAUUUUGUUUUACUUUGCUUUUUCACUCAUCUACAACGCUACCUGUAUCGUUUGCAACCAUCCCACCAACCCCUACUGGAUUAUGGAGAAAGAACUUGCAACGCCCAUCUUUUAUCUCAUCUCCCUCCUUACUCCAGUCACAGCACUUCUCCCCAGGUAUCUUAUCUUGGCUCUGCAAGGAACCUUCCAGGUAUCUCUCAUUCAGAAAGCCCAACAAAUUGAUCAGCUCCCUAAGGAACAACGAGACAAGGAGAUCCAGAAAUGGAAAUUGAGGGAACAACCCACAUCCAUAGAUGCAGCAGUCCACGACGAUGAGUCUGACCAACCCAUUGCAAACACAGGUGUGCCAAUGGCUGGUUUUCCCACAGCAGGAGUCUUGCUUUCUAGGAACAAUGGUCAUCAGGAAUCCUGCUCUCCAGAUCAGGAUACACUUGGAGAAUGGAUGUUCGAUGAAGAGGACAAUGACUACACCAAAAGAUGGGUCCUGGAAGAGGCUGUGGCUGCCAGUUUCCUUUCGGCAAAGGCCUCUCCUGUCAGCAAAGAGACAACCGCAAAGCCCUUCUCUGGCCUCUUGACCAGCAGUCCUGAAAGUUCUGUUCGAAGGAGCCAUCGGAGGUCUGUGAGUGCAGUGACUCUCUGAAGGAGCCUGAGCUUGUGAUUAAAAAUGGAACCAUUUCUCUGAACAUCCUCUGCCUCCCAUACAGCGAGAGAAGGUAGCAGACAGAAAACAGAUUUUCUUUCUAUUCAAUAGCAAUGCCUUCUGGAAAGAGACAUAGAAUAUAAUUUUACUAGCAUACUGGGACAAUGUGUUUUGUCUUAUAGUGUGACUUCCCCAAACACAUAUGUAUUUUGUGGAAGAGAAAUUCAAAAUAUCUUAGAAAAGCAAAUGUUCCCUAAUCAAUGUGAAAUGCAUUAUGUGACUGGAAACCAACAAUACCUCCUGAGGUGGCCUAUUUUCUUUUUUCCAAUAAUGAGUCACUUCUCAAUUCUGAAUCCGAUCCGAAUCGUGCCAAUCAUCACUGUGAGUCUCUUGCCUAAAUGGCAGAUAAAUAGCUGUAACACAAUUACAAUCAAUUUCUCUAUUAGUUUAGAAGUAUUUUCUAGGAAUCUCUUCAGAUUGCAACAUUUGACAGCAAUAUCUUUGCACUGAACUAAUUAAUCUAGACAUUUUGCAGUUCAGCAUCUGAACUGUGUCAAUAUUUCUUUUUUAAAAAAAUGUUUUAAUAUACAUGUACAGUAAAUUAUUAUGCUACAUUCUAAAUUACUAACUUAUUGAACAGAUAUCCGUUUGGGUGUCUGGUGUAGCCAGCUCCCUAAUCACAAACUCUUUCACUUGGAUAUAAGUUCCAUUGGUUUCAAAGGAACUAACUUCUAAGAAACUGUGUUUAAGGUCAGGGAAUAAAAUUGCAGCCCCCUCCCAUGCUAUUAAGCCAGAACACUUGGAUUUAAACCAGUCCUGCUCCAAUAAUCAACAGGGCUUAAAUCGAAGUGUUUGGCUUUAACUGAUUUACAGCAGACUGCCUACCUAGAGAUCACUUUGCCUGCACCAGAAAAAGUUACAAGAGGAGUACAAAAAGGGGGCCAAGCUCACUCAAAGAGCUAAUGUGGACCAAGUGAAGGGGGUGAUGAUGGCCUUGGAUGGGGCUUCUAAUCCAUUCUCAGUCUGAAAUGCAUGGUAGCGCGACACAUCCCACCUCCCUCUCUUGUCUUGAAUCGCAGGCCACCACCUCACCUCUGCAAAGCAGCAUUGGCAGGGGAUGUUUUGCCAGGGCAAAGUGGUGGGUUGUGCGGGGGGGGGCAUAUUUCUUUCCCCUGCCAGCUUUCUCUUGCCACAGUCAUGUUUAUCCCAAUAGGGAUUUCAGAUAUAUGCUUCCAUAGCAAACAUAGGUUUGGAAUCCUAGCUGGCUUGUGGGGGGCGGGACAGCAAGCAGGGCCGGGGGUUAAGCACCCUCCCAUCACUUCUCCCCUGCAAACUCCCAACACUGCUUUAUGGGGGAGAGGUAGCAGCUGGAGUCUCAAGACACGAACUGGAGGUGGAGCAUGUUGUUCAGUCCUAAGAGUGCAAGUCACUAUUACAGCCUCAGUCCCUCUUAUUAAAGUUAUUGACCUCACUGACCAGUGGAGAUUAUUGAGACAGAGAAGCUAUUCACACGUGCAGGCAAAACCAGGCUAAGGAAGCCCAGCCUGGUUUUGCCUGCAUGUGUGUACCGCCAGGAUCAGACCCGAUCCCGGCACCACCACGUUGGCAAACCCGCCUCAUAAAUAAGGUUAGGAGAGCAAACACUCUCCUAAGCCCAUUUUUCUGAUUGUCUGCCAGUCCUGGCUGCUUGCAACCAGGGCUGGCAGACGGCAGGGCUCCCGGCCAGCUUCAGGGAGAGGAGAUACCCAUAAUGCACUUUUACGGUGCAUUAUUGAGCUCCAGCGGACAGGGCGACAUGGGGCUAUGCGUCCCGGCACUCCGACCUCUCCGUUACCGGCAGCAGCCGGUAAUAAUCUGGGCAGGUGCUCCACCCACCAAAGAGGGAGCCCUCGGUCAUCUGUGGGGAGGUCAGCUUUCUAAGGCUUCCUCUCUGCUAGCCCUCUUGCCCUUCCUCACUGGUCAUGAGAAAGGGCUCCGUGACUUGUAAAGUACUUUCUGUACUCAACAUAGUUUGGAAAUAAUAUUGCAUUGUUUAAUAAAGCCAU